CCCGCUCCCGGGACUGGGACUGGGACCGGGCCGAGCGGAGCCUUUGCGCCAGCUCUGCGCCGCCGCGAGUCCGGGCGCCUAGCGGAUCGGAGCUGUGCGCGGAACUGCCUCGCCCCGCCCCGCUCCACCCGCGAGGCAUUCAGGAGUCCUCAGGGAUCCUCAGGAGAGCCUUCAUUGUGAACCAGUGAGAGACCCAGAUGCCAGCAGCUCCCAUAUUUUAGAGUGAAAAUGACCCUUCCCACAGUUGGAUGGAUAAUAGAUAAUGACUGUCCACAGUAUGUAGCCCUUUGAUCAUCAGUGCCAUCUCCUGGGCCUUCACCCAUCUCCUUGGACAUCUUGGGCAGGUGCUCAGGUAGAGCCAACCAGUUAGACUUCUACCUUCUAGGUGGCCCGAGGCAGCCGGGAUGACACUUCUCCCCAAGAACCUUGCCACCUGCUGAGAAACAUGAUCAGCAAGUCCCCUCCUCUGUGCAUGUGCCCUGCAGGCUGGAAGCUUCUGGCCAUGUUGGCUCUGGUCCUGGUCGUCAUGGUGUGGUAUUCCAUCUCCCGAGAAGAUAGGUACAUUGAGCUUUUUUAUUUUCCCAUCCCAGAGAAGAAAGAGCCAUGCUUCCAGGGCGAAGCAGAGAGGAAGGCCUCUAAGAUCUUUGGCAACCAUUCCAGAGAUCAGCCCAUCUUCCUACAGCUUAAGGAUUAUUUCUGGGUCAAGACACCAUCUGCCUACGAGUUGCCCUAUGGGACAAAAGGGAGUGAGGAUCUUCUCGUCCGGGUACUAGCCAUCACCAGCUACUCCAUUCCUGAGAGCAUCCAGAGCCUCACGUGUCGUCGCUGUGUUGUGGUCGGGAAUGGGCACCGGCUGCGGAAUAGCUCACUGGGAGGUGUCAUCAACAAGUAUGACGUGGUAAUCAGAUUGAACAACGCCCCCGUUACUGGCUAUGAGGGGGAUGUGGGCUCCAAGACCACCAUGCGUCUCUUCUACCCUGAGUCUGCCCACUUCGACCCCAAAGUGGAGAACAACCCAGACACACUCUUGGUCCUGGUAGCUUUCAAGGCAAUGGAUUUCCACUGGAUUGAGACCAUCUUGAGUGAUAAGAAGCGGGUGCGAAAAGGUUUCUGGAAACAGCCUCCCCUCAUCUGGGAUGUCAACCCCAAACAGAUUCGGAUUCUCAACCCCUUCUUCAUGGAGAUCGCAGCCGACAAGCUCCUGAGUCUGCCCAUGCAACAACCGCGCAAGAUCAAGCAGAAGCCGACCACGGGCCUACUGGCCAUCACCUUGGCCCUCCACCUCUGUGACUUGGUGCACAUCGCUGGCUUUGGCUACCCUGAUGCCUACAACAAGAAGCAGACCAUCCACUACUACGAGCAGAUUACACUCAAGUCAAUGGCGGGUUCAGGCCACAAUGUCUCCCAAGAGGCCCUGGCCAUCAAGCGGAUGCUGGAGAUGGGAGCUGUCAAGAACCUCACAUACUUCUGACUUGGGCAAGAGCUGUAACACAUCGGUUCCUUCCUCUACUAUCCAUGGUUGUGGGGUGUGUGGGAACACACAACACACUUGGAUUCACCCUCCUCUGAUCAGGAGGACAUCUUUGGACUGGCCAGGUCGGAGACGAGGCCGUGUCCCUCGCAGCUCUUGUGGAGCCCAGAUCCAGACAGGGUGGAGGUACUGAGGCUGCAGGAGCCUGGCCAAAGUGGGGGCUUGCCGCUUCAGCAUUCCCUCUCUGCCAGCACCAAGAGAUUAUUUAACGUGCUAUUUAAUUAAGGGGUAGAAAAGUGCUGUGGGCUGGUCCCAGUAGCAUCCAGAAAAGGGGCACAAUACAGUGUUCUGCCCACUUUUUAUAAAAUUGUCAUGUGAUGGGCGCUCCAUGGCCCACACCCAGAGCUUGCCUCCUGGGAGGCCAGAGGCCUGGGUCAGCCUCAAGAGAGGCUGCUACUUCCCAGCAGGUUUGGGAAGAGCACUGGUGAGAGGGUUCCACCAAUAAGGAACCUCAGCUAGAAAAGAGGUUUCAAACCUACCAUUAAAAUAUUUUUCCUAAAACGGAA